AUACCUUCUCGCAUGCAUUCAUGCACACGUCUGCCUGCAUGCAGACAUAAAGGCAGACAGACAGACGCAUACACAUGUGUGGUACUGUGCCGUGGCUGUGCCAUUCAUGACAGGGCAAGCUGGCAACCGGAUGCCCGCCCGGGCGCCGGAAGAUCUGACAGGCGCCAGGAUGAUGGUGAGCCAACCGUCGACACCAUUCGUCAACUGGCGUCGAACCAACGACGCCAACCUUCAGACAAGGCACCACCAGUGUCCACCUCGGCAUCCUCGAGGGGAGGUCGGAGUGGAAUUGGCGAAUUCGAGAAACUGUCAACUCGGGUCUGGCGGGCUUUUUUAUCAGACCUGUCAUCUGCCCGGACCUGGCAACCCGGCUCCAGCCGCUGCUGCACCCCCGCAAAAUGGCAGCGGCCAAGUGACCGAGGCCGGUACCGCACUGGCCGGCAGACCUGGUCGGUGGUGAAGCGUGUCGACUCACUCAGCAACAGUUGCGGUGCCGCACAAUGCCACGACGGUGUUGCGCUCAUCUGCCGACCGUCCGCAGGGUCAAUUGUGCCGGAUUCGAGCGGUCACUUGGAGUCAGCUUGGCUGAAAGAUGGCCGACACCGACUCGAGCCUGCGGUUGGUGGACGAGACGAGAUCGCCGUUGAGGCCUGCUCGAAUCCCCGUCACCGGGACACACCGUCCAGCCAUUCGGGCCGCGUGACGCAAGAUCCGACAGACGUAGGAUCUGUAAUCUGUGAAAGUGAUGCGUCAUCCGCCUCAUCGUCGACUGGCCGUGACGACGAGAUCAACCGGACUCGGCGCCGGUUUCGCGCAACCAUAGCACGGGCCAAGGAGUACCAGUGUCCCCAUGCCCGACUACAUUUCAAGGAUGUAACCGAGUCAUCUUCUCUCUUUCGUCUGCUGCACGUUUUUCUGUUAAUUUUCUCAUUAUGCCUCGGCGCUCUGGCCUCAUCUUCACCGUCCGCACAAUUUCAUUCUGGCAACAGAAUUCCGACACUCACUCGGUCCACAGACAUGACGUCACGGUUGAUGUCGCACCGAUCUCUGUCCGAUACAGCUCGUCUACGAGCCAUGACACCGGCCUAUCUCUUUCAGAUGCACUCGAGACAUUCGCGGGAAUGGUUUGAUUUUGCCCAAUUCUACACCUCGGAUCGAACGGCCGAAGACACCGUUGCCAUGAGGCAGGUGAAAAAAAGACGUCGACGUCAUAUUGUCGGCGAACACGAGGAGGCGGAGGGUGUAAAUCGACUUGGAAUGAUCACCGCCAUCCGGCACCAUCGACUCAUGGGUGAGCAUGUAACUUUCUGUACUUUCACAUGUCCAGUUGAGAUUGAAAUAUCCCCCAUGUAUACCUUGUAUGUCCUGGAUCAGAUCACACAAGCUCAUCUUUAUAGCCAGUUUGUUUCACAAGUUCAGGAGUUAUUAGUUCAUACCGUUUUCCAGACCAUAUGA